AUGGAGUCAAAAACAAAUAUGAGCCUGCGUCCUAGUAGCUCAACUCCCUCGCUGAAAGCUGCGAAAAAGCGCCCAGUAUCCGCUCAUUCUACAGGGUCAAAAUCAUACCGCCAUGCACUGUUGAAAUCCGAAGAUGUAGAGGAGCAACUAACCAGGGACUUGCCUAUACCUCCGGUUCUAACGAAAGGCUCUGUGGAACUCACUAAGAGUAAAGUUACCAUGAAGCAAGAACUCUCAUCUGUAUUGAUACCAACAAGAAAGUCGUCAAAUGCCGACCUCGAAAGUCAAGCACAAGCAAUCCCUGCUCUUGACGAAAAAAGACGACCCGGCGUGGUGUGCAUUGACCCUACGAUACACCCCGCGGGCAAGCACGCGGAGAUCCACCACCCUGGUCUAAUCGUGGGCGCUGAUUUCUGCGAUGCUGGGCUUGCUGUUGAGCGUGAUUCUCCCAUCAGGACGCCACCGAGCAAGCCAGCUUCUGAGCUGUCUGAUCCCAUAUUAACUGGCUGGGUACGUCGUGAUCUUUCAGGAGGUGACAUAUGCGAAGACAUGGUUGAUGUUUCCGAGCAUAUUCAUAACAAUCAUACCCACGCUACCAAAGUUCGUCCAGCCGUUGGGUUACCAUUUACCAACGAAAAACACUAUGGGCACUUUCAUAUGUCCAAGGUCAAACCCGCUUUUGAAGAAGCCGAGCAAAAGAAGGUUAUCCACCAAAGCAAAGUUUCCACCCAAAAGGACCCCAUUACGGAAGAGCCUUAUGUUCCAGAGCAGAUCCAUCAUGGCCAUAGUCUUGCACCAAAAAUCCGCAUGCCGCAGAAUACACCUAGAGCGAGGACACACCGUAGUGAACCGCACGAAGGCCACAUUGGGGUUCAGAAAGUUCAGCCCUAUCAUGAGCCGGCAUCUGCCACUUUCAGAACAGAGGAAAACUCAACCCCAAGGCUAUCUGUCAAGAAGAAUGCUCAACAGAUUCAGGACUUAGAAAAAUCGACUCCGUAUUGGGGAUUCCUACGAGGGUUUGGGAGCCAAGAGGGUGAAAAGGCCGAGGUCAACAGUGAACUUAUGGAUAACCCCAUAUCUCAGGCCGAAAAUAGAGAGGCAUUUCCUAUUUCUUCAUCGGGACCGAUAGAUAAAUCUAUUGGUGCGCCUUAUAUUGAACACCACCCUUCGCUAAGUGCUAGCCAAUACUCAGCUUCUCCAAAAAGCUUCGAUAAUGCCUCUAAAGCUGUUGCAAGACUUACAGAAUCGAGUGGCAAUCAAGAAAACAUCCGUUAUACGAACGCAAGUAUAUCAUCGCUUGGAAAAUACUUUAGCAAUAGUCCUUCGCAAGACAGAACUGCCCUUUCGCGCCACGGGCAAGACGUAGAAGUCCAAACAUCUUCCGUUUCCCCAACUUCCUUUGCACAACCUACCGGCGGUGAUAAGGAUACUACAGAACAAAGCAUAUUGCCAGAGGGGAUCGACGCUGGGCGUGCCGCAGCAUGGUUUCGUCAAUUUUUAGGGUAUGAAGAGUCCAGUCCUUCAAACCUGACGCAACUACCGGAGAAGGUCCAUCCUCGCCACGCCAAUCAUGACGAUUACCCUGACGACAACGAUGAUGUAUUGAUUUCUAGAGCGACAACAUUCUCAGGGAAAACCUCAAAGGAAGCCGGAACCAUAGAUACGGCCGUGCAUAACCUUGAAAAGCUGCUUAGCGAAGCACUUUCCCUCGCCAACGAAGCUACAGAAAAUGACCAUUGCGGGCAUGGAGAUGAUGGGGAGCUCAUUUCUCGCCUAAAAGAUACAACUGGGGCGUUUGAGAGCCAUCCAAUCUUAUCAGAUACACCAGAAAUCCAGGGGAGAGACUUGACGAAAAACUCGCAUCGUCAUACAAUCUCUGAUGUACCGCCUGAUACUGCCGUGGAUACAGCUGGCGAGAAGGCCAACGACCCUGACACUUCUUCGAAGUCGGAAAGAGAAGAAGGUGAAUUGGAGCCCGAUAUACGCAGCGGAAAUGUCACGCGGUCAAAUAUACAACAUGGAUCGAAUACCCGCGGCGUUCGAAAGUCCAGACACAAACAUAGAGCAAGCGGUGAAGUGCGUCCUCAAGUUUAUGGUGGGAACUAUGCCUUGCCUAUGCCACCGCCAGGUAAUGAACUCAAGAGACGAUACUUAUCUCCAAUGCCUCAGGCAUAUGAGGAGGAUGAACCCACUGGUGUCAUAAAACCACAUACUAAGGGUGUCCCCAACAGCAGAGAAGUUAGAGAGUAUAUCCGUGUGUUUCAUCAACCACCAAUCACUCUUCGGAACAGUUCCAAGAACCUCAGCGAAGACUCUCUAGGAAUUGAGGGUUAUCACCGUCGAGCUGCUACCAUUUCAGAGGGCUGCCGCAAAGAUGCAGAUGUGUAUAGCUUAAAUGAAACCAUAUCGAGUAAUCAGAAUGGAUUGCCUUCUAAAGUCGGAAGAGUUCGGAGGAAGACGGCUCGCAGGAAAAUUCACGAGUUGCGAAAUAUUAGUCUUCGAAAGAGAUCCCACGUAAGUAUCAGGGAUGGUCAGAGAUUCAGCCUUGCCAAGUCUGUGAAGCGACAGCCUAUUAUAGCUCGCGACUGGUCUCCUAUUCGUAAGAGAUUUGUCGCCUCUGUUGCAUGCAUCAGUACUGCCUUAAUUGGCGUCUUGGUAGGAAUAUAUGCAGGAUUGGUGCCGUCAAUUCAAUAUUUCAUCGCGGAUUUUCACCAUUACUCGAUCAUUGGCAACGUCGUGUUAUAUCUUGGAAUGGCUCUCACGACCUUUUUCUGCUGGCCGCUUCCGCUGUUACAUGGCCGGAAGCCCUACAUCUUAUGUAGCCUCUGCAUAGCUAUGCCGCUUCUGUUCCCACAGGCCGUUGCAGUAAGCAUACCCAGGUCUCCAUAUACCAGCAUUUGGCGCUGGGCGUUGCUUUUGCCCAGAGCCAUCAUGGGCUGUGCUUUAGGGUUCGCAAGUAUGAACUUUCACUCGAUACUUACCGACCUCUUUGGCGCAUCUCUAAUGAGCAGCAAUCCGCAUCAAGAGGUUGUCGACCAAUACGACGUAAGGAGGCACGGAGGCGGGCUCGGAAUUUGGCUGGGCGUUUGGACAUGGUGCUUCAUCGGCUCAUUGGGCGUUGGUUUUCUGGUCGGUGCUCUGGUCAUCGACACCUUAAAACCAUCGUGGGGGCUUUACAUCAGCAUAAUGCUGAUUGCAGUCGUUCUCCUUCUUAACGUGCUAUGCCCGGAAGUGCGACGAUCGGCUUGGAGACGUUCUGUGGCCGAAGUCAGAACGCCGUUAGGAGUAUCUCGAAGAGUAGCUCGCGGGGAAAUUAUGAUGCAUCGAGUCAAGGAUGGACCUAAAUGGUGGGGACAGGAGAUGUAUCACGGAGUUGCUCUGUCUCUUGAAAUGCUUCGUCAACCAGGGUUCGUUGUUAUGGCCGUAUAUUCCGCAUGGAUAUAUGCGCAAGUGGUUUUGGUCAUGGUUCUCCUGGGUUCUCUAACUUCUAGAAACUACCACUUCCGGUCUCCGUAUGUAGGCGCUACUGUCUCAUCAGUCGCCGUAGGUGCGCUUGCAGCUGUGCCAUUCCAAAAGGCAAAUCUCUUUUCGCGGUCUCGCUGGACAGGCCCGCCGACAAACGAUAUGACCUUUGACAGGUCAGUAACAUGGACCUCACACCUCGUUCGACGAGCCAUUUUCAUUAUCGUACUACCCAUUGCCGGAAUUCUAUACACCAUUGUUUCAUCUGGCCCACCUAUUCAUCUAGCAUUCCCCUGCUCACUCGCGGCUAUAAUCGGAUUCUUGUCGUGUCUUGCAAUAGCCGAGUGCAAUGGCAUAUUGAUGGAAACAUGGGAUUGCUCCGACCUUCAACCGGGUAUGACUGGUCGAACUAGGUUGGGAAAGGAUGGUAUAAAGCGAACGAAUUAUUCAUCUUUUCCCCGAGUGACCGCUGGAUGGAACAUCAUUCACAGCAUCGGUUUUAUACUUGCUGCUGGAGCCACCGGUAUUGGCGGCAUAGUCACACGGAGUCUGGGACAGAGAGCUGCAACUGGCGUUGUCGCUUCCAUCUUGUUUUUACACUCUCUUUUACUCCUAGCCGUGUUUGCUCGUUUCCGCAGGGUGCAAAUAAUACCCAACUCAAAGAGCCUGGAGAUGGAAAGAUGGACGGAAGAACGUCGAGACAGUUUACGCCGUCGUGCCUCCGCAAUAGCUGCCGCCAAAGCUAAUGGUGUUAAAGAUGUCUCCGAGAUCACUGAAGAAGUUGAGCUGGGUUCCUUGACUCGAUGGAGCGAAAUUCGCAAGAAAAACCGACUGAUUGACAAAGGUAUCCAUCUCAAUCGGCAGACGGUGAACUUAGCACGGGAUGAAAUUGACCGAAGACGCCAUGAGAUGAUUGGUGAUAUCCACCAGGGCGCAGAAAUUAUUGGGGACAUUGUCCGCAAAGCAAGCAAGCGGAGCAAACGCAGCCGCGGUAGUGAGCACGAUGACACUUCACGCGAUGACCCCGACGAUAUAGGUCCACUAGGUCCACCUGGGGCCGGACUUGAACAUCAGCACGCCUCAUUACCCCGUGAGGUCUAUGUCGAGCGCGAGUGCGUCAUGGGUCAAGCUGUGCUGGAAGAAGCCGAAGCUUCGUCAUUGGACGACGAAUCGGACAACGAGUCGGACGACGAUCAUGAAUGGAUACCGAUGGACGAUCAUUCAUCCCAUAUGAUCUCCAAGGUCCAACCAUACAGCGAUUUCAAGAAGAAGAAUCUGCGAGGCAGCGAAUCUAAUACGGGAGAUUGUGUGAUCGAAAUGGACGCAACCCAGGGCGAACAUAUAUCUCAUACUGAACCAAAGGUUAGACCUGCUGAACCCGGGGGCUCAGAGCAACGCGGUGAAGACAAAAGUGAGAUCAAGCCAGGCAAGGCGGAACUCGAAAUAAUAGCUCAGCAACAUGGGGGUCACAUGUUUGCGAGCAAGGUCAAAUCUGCAAGUAUGGAAUUCGAAGAUGUUGGCUUGGGCGGGAAAUCCAGCCGUAGAAAUUCGAAGACAACAAAGCAAGAUUAA